AUGGAAUUCGUGUGCAAGGUAGUUAGACGGCGCACCAUACUUGUCGUGACCGCUUUCAUACUUUGCCUCGUAUGGCUAUAUGCUAGUAAUUCACAUCACCAAUUUGUUACCAACUCUUCGCCAUUAUCAUCACAUAAUGGAGCGCCAAGAACGUCUCGUCUCCACUACCUCAUACCCUCGAGUAUAGUGAACGAUGCUGUCUGUGCCGGCAUCGUCUCCGCGCUUGUCAAUCAGUACCCAAUUCCCACGUUGAUUGGUUAUAAGGGCGAGAAUGAGUUCGACUCGGCGGACCAUCUCGCUAAACUUCGUGUCAUGAACCGUUACUUCAACGAUCUCAAGGCGCAAGAUGAUGAUCUGGUUAUCAUUGUGGAUAGCUUUGAUGUGCUAGCACAAUUACCUGCAGAGGUCAUGAUUGAGCGUUACUUUGAGAUCUCAACGCAGUCUGAACAACGGCUUGCUGACCAGCGUGGUCUUACCGUUGAUCAAUUACAUGAGCUUGGAAUUCGGCAGACUAUUCUUUAUGGCGCCGGAAAAAUGUGCUUUAUCGGGUCACCAAAUGAGCCCAUGUGUCCAUUAAUGCCACCGUCAAACUCUCCCCGUUACAAGUUCGGUGUCAAGACCGAGAACGAGGACGCACGGUUUCUAGACUCACGAUAUCUAAACUCAGGUACUAUAAUGGGCCCUGUGGGUGAUAUAAGAAAGUUUGUCAGGGCUGUGCUCGAUCUCGUUAUGGCAGAUGAUGCCAAGGUUGAUCCUCAGGACGAAGACAGGGUCAGAAUUCACCACAUGGACCAAUGGUUCACAGCUCAACUCUAUGUGCGCCAAGAAUAUCAUCGUGCUCUUGAUAUGAACGACGGAGAGUACCCCGCUGAUUUGAGCAAUCUUACCUCACUACCGAGGCCAAGAGAGGGCCCAGAAGACACUACGGAGUUUCACGUCUUCGUAGACUUUGAUUCAGCAUUUACUCAAACUCAGUGUCGGAACGAACUUGAGAUUCAGCUCCUCAAGUAUAAGAACCACGACCUCACCGCAUCUAUCAACGGAGACUUUCUGCAGCAAGGCUCCGCUUUCCGACCAUACACCAUUCAAAUGCCCUCAAGUGUUUAUCGAGCUUUUGGUAGAGUGUGGGACAGACUAUCUGCCGUCCCUGAUUUACAAAUAGUAUCAUCACAGAGGCAGUGGAUCCAGGGAACUUAUCUGGCGACCAAUAUCGCUUCAGAAAAUAUUUACGCAUUCUACCACAAUACAUGCGCUAAGCGAUGGUAUCUUGAGCGUUACAAGCACUUCUGGUUCUAUCCAUAUAUAACCACACUGCUUGAACAGGCCAAAACCCAUAUACAAGAAGGGAAGCCCAUUCAUCAAGGAGUUAUAGAUGGACGCAUGUGGAUUGCUGCCAAGAGUUAUCCAGCGGAUGGUUCUUCUACGGUGGAUGAGGACAGACUGGGAGGGGUGUAUACCGACUUAGAAGCAGAACCCUUUAUUGGUCUAAGUGAACUGUGUAAAGCGAACCUAACUACUAUUCUUGGUUCAAUGUAG